AUGGGCCAGUACGGCUACUUGAUACCGGACCGCUACGUCCGUGAAGUCCCCAACGAAGUCGACAUGAACACGGCGAGUAUUUUCUGGGGCUUUUCUCUCUGCGCGGCAGUCUUCACAUUUACAAAGGGUAGCCAGCAGAGUUGGCGCGCUUGGAAAAGAUGUCAUCGCGUGACGGCGUAUGUGGGUAUGAUUUGGGUGCUUUGGCUUUUACUUUUCAGUCGGUUCGUUUCCCGAUGCCUCUUCACGACAGGAUCUAACAAGACAGCAUUGUUUUGGGCACUGCAAGUCCAAUUCCUUCUUCAGAUCAUCAUCAACAGAAUCGGUCUAUUGAUGGUCUCAAAGGACCGCGCCACCCGUCUCAAAUGGCUCGUCUUUGCGAUAAUAUUAGCCGUCAACAUCAGCGUCUUUAUCAUCUGGCUGCCAGCCCGUUUGCAGAUUAACGAUCGGUGGAUUUGGUUGAAUGGUAUCUGGGAUCGGGUCGAAAAGGUUAUUUUCGCUGUGGUAGAUGGUGUUUUGAAUGGGUAUUUCAUCUACCUUGUUCGAUCGAGGCUUAUCGAGAAUGGAUUGACGAAAUAUGUGCCGUUGUAUCGAAUGAACUUGGGGCUUAUCUUUUUGUCUCUAUCCUUAGAUGUGGCGUUGGUAGGACUCAUGUCUUUACCAAGCAGCUUAGUCUACCUCUCUUUCCAUCCAGUAGCCUACCUCCUCAAGCUCCAAAUCGAGAUGAAGAUGGCCGAACUCAUCACCAAAAUCGUGCGAUCUUCCGGUGCGCGCGGCGCAGACGACAUGUAUUAUCACAGCUCCAACCUUACCAACGCGCGAGCUACAACAGCAACUCUAAAACCGAAAGAGAAGCCACUUGGAGGAACAGUUGGGGCGAUGACAGGGAGAAACUCAACGCUUAUACGAGGCGGCGACCUGGGUGAUCUCGAAAGUUCUUUGGAGUCUGGGCGGAACGGGAGGGAUAAUCUGAGUGGGAUUGUUAGGACUAUUGAAACUACCGUGGAUAGUGCGCCCGCGCAUGUUGAGCCGGACUCGCCUACUACUGCGAGACAUAGUGAAUAUGCGCAGAGUACGGCUAGUUCAACGGUGUUGGCUGGUAGAUAG